GCAGGAAGAGAACCAAGGUGUGUUCAAGUGGACAAACAGACCUAUCUCAAAGACUUUGCGCAUUCUUGGCGGACGUUGUUCAACCUCCCUCCGUUUCUUUAUAUCCUCAUAUAUUAUCGUCUUCCCCCAUGGCUGGGGGGGCUUACCUAGGCACCAGCUAAUAUAACCGCCUGCUAGUGCGAUGGCCAGAUGCCGUGUCGGAGAUGCAGGUCUCGUGGGGAAGAAUGCGUAUACGAGGACAAGAAGUGGCGAACAAAAGACCACCUGAGGUCCGAGAUUGAGAGGCUACGAGCAGAGCAGCGGCAGGGCCAUGCGUUGAUACAGGCUCUCACCGACAACAGCCCAAAGCAAUGGGAGGCAGUCUUGGACCGCUUGCGAAACGACGAGCCCCCUGAUGCGAUAGCUGAGUGGAUCCAUUCAACGAGAUGCGUACGCGGCCCAUCUCAACCACCGCGCGCCGUAGCCGAUGGCACUCUGUUCUCCGACGACAGCAACUCUCCGCCCUCGGCCCCGAAAUCUCGACUGCCGUCCUCCUUAGCCCCGGACCUGACCAAAAGACUCCGAACUGCCAGCCUCAGCAGUCCGCGAAGUCGGGGUCUCGGCCAGUCCGGGAGCUCACCUGAGAGCGCGUCCCGGGCCAGCUUCUCUGCCGGCUUCUCUGCCGGCCCCUCUCCAACAAGCCACUUUUCGUUUCAAAAUUAUGCCAAUCCGGCCUUCCCGCCGCCCGGCGUUGAACCAAGCAUCUCAGCCCUGGGUAUUCUGCCGCCAGGUGCACGGGUUCCUGUAGAAACAACCCUUUCUAAAAUCCCCGAGGAGCCAAUAUUGUGCACCUGGACGAGCGUCACAUCAGACACGCGUCUUGUGCAGCGCUUACUCGCCAGUUUCUUUUCGUGCUCCUUCCCCUCGUUGUCGCUAGUAUCACAAUCUCAGUUCAUGGAUGACUUCCGUCACGGAAAUCCACGGUACUGUUCCGAGGCACUUGUCAAUGCAAUGCUAGGCCGAGCUUGCAAGUUCUUUGAUUCCGCCUCCCAACUCAUCUCCCGAGUCAGCUUCGGCGACGCCUUCUUAGGAGAGGCCAAAAGGCUGCUGGCUUCUGAGCAUACCCACGUAAACCUCCCUAGUAUACAAGCCCUAGGGGUGCUCGCACUGACCGAGAUGAGCCAUGGCAACGACAAUGAGGCUUGCGAUCUCGCCGAAGAGUCCGUGAGGGCGUCUAUCCACCUGAGCCUCCAAACCCAACAGCAAUACAACCAAUUAGACGAUGACUUCAAGGCCGUACGGGCAUUGGCUUACUGUGGAGGGUUCUCACUGAUCAGGAUUCUACGACUUCUUGCAGGCGAUCUUGAACCCAAGGCCGGCCCUCUUUUCAUGAGACUUCAGCCCAACUCGCAUGACUUGGGAGAAGAUGAUGCCCCCCAGGCACGGGUCGAACGAGGGAUUUCCUUGCAAAUGCAUUUUUUUGCCGAGCUGCAACAUUGCCCUCCCCUCGCUCGGUUUGUGUUCGAGAUCACGGAAGCAGUCCAUACUUUUUCGUCCUACAACUUCUCCCAGGCUAUGACGGCCGAUGAUUUGGAAGCAGCAUACGAGAAGUGCAUUGGCUGCUACAAGCAGUUUGCAGAGGAUUCCACACGAAUUCCUGACGGUGGCCCAGAUCUUUUAUUUGCCCACAUAUGGUACCAUUACUGUUUAUUCCGCCUCCUCCAACCCUUUGUUGCGAAUACGGCGAGCCUUGAAGAUGAUGCGGUCCCCCGGCUACGCAAUGACGUGACCCCCCAGUUUGUCUGCCGGCAGUCCUCAGAGGCCAUCAUCUUCCUCACUAGCACAUACCAGACGCGACACUCGCUUGCGUAUCUGCCCCCAUUGCUUCCGCAUAUGGUACUUGCCGCCGUUCUCUAUCAGCUGACGCUCGUCGUCGACCCGCACCACUCGACCCAGCAGCAGCAACAUCAGCAACAUCAACAACAGCCGCAGCAGCAGCGGGUAUUUCCCGGCUCUCCAGUCCCGGUGUCCCCGCAAACCGCCCACGGUUCACAGCACUACCUCAAGCCAGUCUCGCUUGGUCCCAUGCCUCCGUCGCAAGAUACCCUUUCCUCGCAGACGCCUGACUUCUGGAUGGUCCCUCCGGCGUCCCCAAUUGUCCUCAUGCAGGCGCGAAGAGCUACCCGCCGUAACACCUCGGACAUGUCGUCUGCGUCAACAUGCUAUUCCGCCGGCUUUUUCAGCGGCGCUUCAGACAAAGACGACGUCUCUACCUCAGAGGCUGGCUUGGACAUGCUCCCAAUCUUCACGGCAAAUCCAAUCGAUCUCGUCACCAUCGGGUCGCUCCAGCUAGGCUCCAUGGGCUCCCAGAAUCCCAGCGCCGCCGAGGCAGGCCGCAUGCUACGUGACCUGGGCCCCGUGAAAAACCUCGUUGGGUCCGGACUCAACUUGACCCUUUUGACCGAGGCGCUGUCUUUUCCCAUGAACGCCUUCCCUCUAGCAUCCCAUCUGCCCGUUGCAGCAAGUCUCGUGUUCCAGCAGAAAAAAACCCCGACGCCCGACCAGGCGGUCACCAACCGACCCCUGGAUUCCGCCGAGGCUGCUGCGUCUUACCAGCGGCUUGACUGCGUCGAGAAGACCGGUGCCACCAUCUCAUCCCGCGCCAUGCCAAAGAGCAACCCGCCGGCCUCGACGCCGUUUGCCGUGUAAAUAACAAAUUCCUUGGAGUAGGUAAGUGGGCGUUGGUGAAUCUGAUGUUGUGUGUUUCGUUUCUGUCUCUGGCGGCUAUGGCUGAGCCUCUAGUUGCCGUGUACA